AUGGACGCGGUCGUCAUCCCUGGCGGGGCGGCCGCGUUGCCGGCCUGGGUGGUGCUGGCGCUGGAGGCCGCGGCUUUCUUUGGGCCAGGCUGGGGCCCAGGACAGGCGGCCUGCCCAGACCUCUCGUGCCCUGCCUGCCCAGCGUGCCCAGAGGCGGCGGCGUGCGCGGCCUGCCCGGAGGCCGCGGCCUGCCCGGCUUGCGAGCCGCCUCCCUGCGCGGCUUGCCCGGCCUGCGAGCCGCCGCCGUGCGCGGCCUGCCCGGCCUGCGAGGUGAGGGCGUGCCCGGAGGCGUCGGCUGGCGAGAAGGCGGCUGAGAAGCUCGCUGGAGCGCUGCUUGGAGGCCUGGUGCACUGGCUGGUGGCGAAGGUGUUCGCUCGCAGGCAUGGUGUCGCUCGCGAGUGGGUCGUCCUGACCCCAGAUGGUGACAUCUACGCUGAGGACAUGAGCUGUGGGGACCCCGAGACUGGGCCUGCCCGAGCCUUCCCGCUGGCGCUGCGGACGCGCAAGAUGCGGAGGCUGUAUCGCUUCCGAGAGGAGCUGGGGCCCGACGAGCUGGCCGACGCGUUGACGCGGGGCCGUCAGGCGGCGCUGGAGAUGGACGCCGCCUUGCCUGAGCCGAGGGAGGCCGUGGACGUGGGCGGGCAGCGGGUCACCUGGCAGGAGGCUGCUGGUAAGCUGUCGGCCGCGGAGCGGGCCGGCCUGCUGCGCCUGGGCAUGGCCGUGGCUCGCCUGGGCGGGAAGCUGCUGGAGGCUCCUGGUGCGGGUCAGGCCUGGAUCGCCCUCAGCGGCGGGCCCGGCGUUGCGAUCGGAGCGGAGGUCGACGUGGCGAACAUCGAGGGCCUGAGCUUCGAGGACGGGCCCGAGCCGCUCGGUGUGCUGAGGGCCGCCGACGGCGGCAUAGUGCGUCUCGCCCGGCUGGACGCAGGGUCGGCCCCUGGGCGCGUGGCCGAGGCGGCCGCAGUCUGGCAUGGCCUGGACGGAGGCCAAGCGCGUGCCCUGGGCCCCGAGCGCCGACGUGCUGCAGCCACAGCGCCGCUCGAGGAUGAGGAGCCCGCCGAGCCCGUGGGCGGCACGGCUACGCCCGAGCUGGCGCUGCCGCCCUUGGCGGAGCCGCUGGGCGAGGAGCGUGACGCCGACGCCCGCGCGCUCUGGGUCGACUACGACGAGCAGGGCGAGCGGUUCAAGCGAUGGCGGGACGUGGUAGGCGAGUCGAGGCAGGAGCGCCACCCAGACGCGAAGGUGGAGGGACCGCCCGGGGCUCUCCACAUGUGCAAGCACAUGGAAAGGCACGGUGGCGACCCGCGCCUCUGGCUCGACCUCUUCAUCCGCAUGAAGGGCCUCGGGCAGAAUGACCGCGCGGUGCACGAGCUGAGGACUAUCGUGGAGGCCUUGUACCAGGGCGGGGUAUAUGACCAGUUGAACAUGGGCGGCCUGAUGAUGGUGGAGGUGUUGACACGCCGCGUGGCCGCAGCGGUGGACGCCUACGCGGACCCGUCCAAGCCGAGCUGGACGAACGCGCGCUUCUUCGAGGGCGUGAGCUCGGUGGAGGACGUCUCAGGGCCAGAGCUCAGGGGCUACGUCCACCGGCGGGCGAAGGAGCAGCACGAGAUGGAGCAGGAGCUGGAGGUGACGCAGCAGGUGCGGGGCGCGGUGGCGGCCGAGGCGGCCGCGGGCGCGGCCGGGCCAGGAGCCCGCAGCUUUCUGCCGCUCCCGCUGCUGGGCGACGCAGGCCGCCGAAUUCGCGGCAGGUCUAGCAGGGCGAGGCAGUCCGGUCGCGAGACUCGGAUUGCGUUGGAGGUCAAUGGGAUCGUCGACGCCACCAACUGGAUGUCGGGGUACGACUCGCUGCCUGGCCCAGCCAAUGACAUGCAGCGGGAUGUACUUGCGCGCUUCGAGGGCCUCGUUCGGGGCCGGCAGCCGGACGCCAAGUUGCAGGAGCCGCAGGCGGCCCUCCGGGAGCUGCUGCGGGGCCGCUCGCCAUAUGACGGGCGCGGCGGCCCGACGACGGUCGCCUCCUACAGUGCAGGGCUCGUCAGCAUGCCGACGGACGUGAGCGACUGCCCGCGUCUUGAGGACCUCUUGCCUGGCGAGGCCCUUGCCUUCCUGCGGGAGCGCCAAGAGCGCAUGCUACGAGAGUCACCUUUGCCGACCGACGUCGAGCCGUACUUCGACUCGGUCCUCAAGUUCAACCACAAGGAGUACCGCGGCCUGGUGCGUCGGCUGCUGUCAGCUGGCAUUCUGGGGUGGACUCUGACACCGAAAGAGAGAAUUGGGAUGUUCUUUGUGUGGAAGGAUGGGCGGCGCCGACUUCGCCUCAUAGUCGACGCCCGCCGCGCGAACGCCCACUUCAGGGAUCCUCCUGGGGUGGAGCUAUUGAGCAGCGAGGGCCUCGCCAGAGUCGAGGUGCACAUGCCAGGCGCGGGCUUCUCGAGUUACGAGGACCUCCGCGCCGCGCUGGAGGCGCAGCAGGUGUACAUCGGCAUGGCGGACGUGAAGGACUGCUUUCAUCGAAUGCGGAUCGAUUCAGCCCUCUCGCAACACUUCUGCCUGCCGCCUGUCAAGGCUGGGGCUUUCGGCGUGACCGAGGUCGAGGGGGCCAAGGUGCAGGCGUCGACGGCCAUCUACCCUUGCUGGCAGGUCUUGCCCAUGGGCUUCAGCUGGUCUCUCUACUUCGCCCAGCGGGCCAACGAGGAGGUAAGCCGCCGCAGCAGCGCGCUCCUCAGGGGGCCCAGUCUGUCAGACCAUGGGCCGCCGCUCGUGUUCGCGCCUGGCAGGGCGCUCCAGGAGGUCAGGCACUACGUGUACGUCGACAACUUGGGGGUCUUCUCGCUAUUCUCUGAGCUCGUGAGUGGCGUGAUGAACCAGCUGACGGGCGAGCUCACCGAGCUGAACCUACUGUUGCACAAGGACGAGCUGGUGCCGGGCAUGGCAGUGGCGCUUGGCACGGAGAUCGACGGCAGCCAGUUGCGCACUCGAGUGACCAGUGAUCGGUUCUGGCGCUGCCGCCAGGCCGUGCGGGGCCCCCUAGCCCGCCGCCGUGUCAAGGGCUGGGCCGUGGAGGCAGUGCUGGGCCACCUAACCUUUUGUGGCCUCUGCUCGCGCGGCACCUUGUCAGCUUUCAAUUCAGUGCACGGCUUUGUGCGAGCCCACUACGACGAGGCGGCCGUGCUAUGGACCGAGGCGCGGCGAGAGCUGGCCGCCUUCAGCUCCCUGAUGUACUUCCUGGAGUCAGAUUGGUGGCUGCCUUGGAAUCCGAUGGUGCAGCAGUCAGAUGCCAGUCUUCACGGCUACGGACUGGCAAGGGCUUUCUGGCCGCAGGAGCUGGUGGAGUCAGUCGGGCGCGUGCCUGAGCGGGCCCGCUUUCGCCGGCGCUGCGCGCGCAGUGCUCGAGAGGCUGCGCUUUGUGCAGCUGGCUUCGGUAUGAGUGAGAGUGGAAAAUGGGAACUCAAGGGCCUUCCCGAAGAUGAGGAGGAGCUGGGCCAGUGGGACGUCGUGAGGGACUUCCCGGAGGUGCCCGCCCAGGGGCUCCGCGCAGGCCUGUGGGGGCCCUGUUUCGCGAGAGCCUGGCAGCACCCUGAGGGCAUCUUGACCUUGGAGGCCCGAGCCCUGGUCAGCAGCAUCCAUCGCAUCGCCACCACGGUCUUUGGGCGAGGCGCGAGGCUCGAGACGGGCCGCCGGCGCACGCGGCAGCUGGCGCCGUCUUGCCCGGAGCCUGGCCUGCAGCCGUCAGCCCGCGGCCAGGAGGCGAGGCGCACGCGGCAGCUUGUCCCUGCGCCGCCGAUAGCGCCGCAGCCGCUGCCGGCAGCUCGGCGGGAGCGUCAGCUGGGCGAGUCGGGGCUCCUGAAGACGGCUGUGCUGAGCCGCCCCCUGCCGCGGAGCCUGGGGCUAGUGGUGGAGGACCUGACGAAGGUACCUGUGCCAGCGGAGCCCGCGCGGGGAGCGCGAGAGAGCGUCGGCUCCUCCGACAGCGGGAGCUCCGAGCCCGAGGUCGUGAUCGGCGCCGCGCGGCAGCGCAGGCUCGCGCAGUCGCGGAAGCGCCGAGCCCGCCACUACGGGAUGCCCACCGGCGAGGAGGGCUUCUCUCUCCUGGAGCGGGAGGCCGUGCGGACCCCGACGCAGCGCGAGUACCAGAGGGCCUGGGACGGAUGGCGGGACUUUGCCCGUCGGAGCUGGCCCUCGGUGGACAUCGACGAGGUCAUGAAGAGCAGGGACGACUCCGUGGUAGACUCGGCGUUGGUGAGCUACCUGAACGGCUUGUACCAGGCUGGGACUCACCUCUCCUGGGCCGAGAAGUUGAUGGCUGGCGUCCUGCACUUCAACCCCGACUUCUCGCGCUACGGUGCCCGGCGCCCCCCCCGGGGCUGGAGAUGCCUCCGGGCCUGGCGGCGCCUGGAGCCGCCGCGGACGAGAAAGCCGUGGGCGUUGGCGCUGUGGUGCGCAAUGGCGUGGCGCAUGAAGGCCCGUGGCAGCCUCCAGAUGGCGGUGUUCACGUUGAUAGCGGUGAGCGUGCACGCCCGCCCCAGCAGCCUUUUGCUUCUGAAGCCGGCCUGCCUGGUGCCGCCAGCGGCGGGGGGGUGCGAGUUCUGGACCUUGAGGCUCUUCCCGGAGGAGGAGGACCUGCGGGACAAGACGGGCCUGGGGGACGUGUCGCUAGAGUUAGACUCGCCCUGGAUUCGCUUCUUGGACCCCGUGCUGCGUCAAAUGAAGAAGGAGGGGCACCCCGAGUGCCCGUGGAACUUCACGUGCCCAGAGUACUGCAAGAUGUUCAGCCUAUGCCUCCAGGACCUGCGGGUAAAGGCCAAGGCGCGCGCCAAGCCGACCGGCGAACGAGGGCGCGCCAGGGAGCGCUGCCCGCCGACGAGCCCGGCCGCCGCCGGGGCUGGCGCGCUGGAGGAGUGCAGCCCAGACGCCGACGAGUUCAAGGACUGCGAGGAGUUCGACUUCCUGGAGCUUCCCACGCAGCAGCAGGACACGUCGAAGGCAUAGCUUGACGCCACCAUCCCCAGCUAGGGCCAUACCCUCGGCCCGCGGGUGGUGUGCAUAACCUCCUGGCCUUGACCACGAGGUCUGCACACCUUCGGCCCUGUCCCGGGG